AUGGACACCGAAAUUGCUCCUAAAUUUGCGCCUUUCUUUGGAAUGGCUGGUAUUGCUGCCGCCAUGGUGUUUGGAUCAAUGGGGGCUGCUUAUGGAACAGCAAAAUCUGGAAUCGGUAUCGCAGGUGUUGGUACCUUUCGCCCUGAUUUGAUAAUGAAGUGUUUAAUCCCGGUUGUUAUGUCCGGUAUUAUCGCUGUUUAUUCACUAGUCAUAUCCGUCCUGAUUGCAGAAGAUCUGGCUGCUCCCUCUGCUUCUGGAAGCUAUUCUUUGUUCGCCGGCUUUUUACAUCUCGGAUGCGGAUUAACUGUAGGAAUCACUGGUCUUGCUGCAGGUUAUUGUAUUGGUAUUGUAGGUGACUCUGGAGUGAGGGCAUUCAUGCAGCAAUCUCGCAUCUUUGUCGGCAUGGUGUUGAUUUUAAUUUUCGGCGAAGUCCUUGGUCUUUAUGGUUUAAUUGUCGCUCUUCUACUCAAUACCAGAGUCAAGGGUUAA